UUUCUUCAUAAUAAUAAUAAAAAAUCCUAGAACGUUCGGGGAACGCCGCCGUGCUUCUCUCCUUACUCGCCGGCCGUUUUAGACUCAAUAAUUUUCCGAUCACAGAAAAAAUUCUCUAAAAUUUCAUUUUCUUUUUUUUGGGUGUCUAAUUUCGGAUAUCCGGCGAUGGGUCGGGUUGAAACGGCGGUGGACCCGUCGUCGACGGCGGUGGUGGUGGCGUACCGUUUACAUGGGGCAAUAAGCUGGUGGGAUGAAGUGAAUAAAACUCCUAUUUGGCAAGACCGUAUUUUCUAUGUCCUUGCGAUCUUAUACGGCGUCGUUUCUGCUGUUGCUCUUGUGCAAUUAAUCCGGAUUCAAAUGAGAGUUCCCGAGUAUGGAUGGACCACUCAGAAAGUCUUCCAUUUCCUCAAUUUCUUGGUGAAUGGGGUUCGCUCUCUAGUUUUUGUAUUUCGUCGGGAUGUUCAGAAGUUGAACCCUGAGAUUAUCCAACACAUCUUGCUUGAUAUGCCAAGUCUUGCAUUCUUCACAACUUUUGCGCUUCUAGUAUUAUUCUGGGCUGAGAUAUACUAUCAGGCACGUGCUGUAUCUACUGAUGCUCUUAGGCCUAGUUUCUUCACAAUUAAUGGAGUGGUUUAUGCUAUUCAGAUCAUAUUAUGGCUGAUAAUAUGGUGGAAGCCUGUUCCAGCACUUGUCAUCUUAUCUAAGGCGUUCUUUGCAGGUGUAUCUCUAUUUGCAGCCUUGGGGUUUCUUCUUUAUGGAGGAAGGCUUUUCCUUAUGUUACGGCGUUUCCCUGUAGAAUCAAAGGGGAGACAGAAGAAACUACAGGAAGUUGGUUAUGUGACAACAAUAUGUUUUUCAUGCUUCCUGAUUAGAUGCAUUAUGAUGUGUUUCAAUGCAUUUGAUGAAGCUGCGGAUCUUGAUGUUUUGUACCAUCCAAUUUUAAAUUUUGUAUACUAUCUGUUGGUAGAGAUUCUACCUUCUUCGCUCGUCCUUUUCAUUUUGAGGAAGUUGCCUCCAAAGCGAGGGAUCACACAGUACCACCCUAUUCGCUGAUACAACAGUGUGCAUUGGAUGAUGGAAAUCAAGCUCUGGGAUCAGGGUAUCAGAUGAGUUGGCUUUUACGAUACUCGUCUUACCUAGAAGUGUUUGAAGCAAAGACCAUAUAGUGAGAUAUUGUACGUGGAGCAUGGUUCAUCAGGACUCUUGGAAAAAUAGUUUGUUCUCUGCAGAUACUAGUUAUGUCUGUAAUUUGUUUGUAGUCUUGAAGCAAGAGUUGUGGAAGAAGUUGUGUUAUUUCUAGUGUAAUUAUCUUCAUAUUUGUAUGUUUCAGAUUUCAAUUGAUUAUUCUUUCCCCCCAUCUCUUUUUUCCUUGAGUCGGAAGGUCUUUUGGAAACAAUCUCUCCACCUUUGAGGUAGGGGAAAUGUCAAUGUACACUCUACCCUCCCCAACCCGCACUUUGUAGGACUACAUUGGGUACAUUUUUGUUGUAUUCUUUUCCCCCAUAUUAUGUUGUAUUCUUUUCCCCCA